GUUCGGACCUCCAUAGUAUUUCUUGAUAAGAAGAUGAUGCAAGAUAGCCCGAUAUAUAUCCCUACAGAUUCAAGCCAUGGUGCUGUGGACUCUCACUUGUCCCAGGAAAUCAGCACCACUGCCUCUGAACAUCUGGAUGAGUCAAACAAUGAGAGCACAGCAAGAGAUAGUGAAGGAGAAGAAAAGAAAAUGAGGAAAAAAGCACUGCCUAUGGACUGUGCUCCAGCACCAAAUGAGAAAUUAGAACAAGCACAGAAGAUGGCAGAAAAGUUCAUUAAAGAAAAAGAGGUGUAUAAAGCCAACAGGGAACUUAUUAGAUGUGUGGCUCUUACUAGAAUUAUCUAUGGAGACGGUCACUGGCAAUUGGCACAAGCAUUCGCCAACCUGGCUCACAGCUAUUUAAUACUUCAAGGUCUUCCUGCACAGGCCAUAGAGCAUGCGGAAUCAGCCAAACGUACCAUGCUGAUAGGGAUUCGUACGCCUGCAGCAACUCCAGAGGACAAAAGAGAAAUAUUAGGAACUCUUGUGACUAUCUACUUUACCUUGGGCGUAGCACAUCUGGCACAGAACAAUGGCAAAGAAUCCUAUCUCAGUCUGCAGAAGGCAGAGAGACUCAUGGCAGAACUUCAAGAACUGGAUGGGAGAGUGAGCAUGGGAUUAAAAAUAUCUGAGAAAGAUUUAGUCAUUGCAUUGGGCAGGACAUGUUUGCAGCAAAACAUGUUGGACUUUGCCACAAGUUAUUUUGAAAAAGCUGUUGAUGCAGUAAUUUCAACUGAAGGCGAUACAGCUCCAGAACUGAUAAACCUUUAUCAGAAAAUUGCCCAAAGUGAGCAACUGAAGAAAAACCAUGAAAGAGCCAUAGCAUAUUUAUUACAGGCCCAUUCCAUUUGCAUGGCUCUGCACAAGAAACUUAGUGUUGAAGCUGCUCAGACGGCCUUGUUGCUGGGCAAAGCUUAUGCUGCAACUGGAGACCAGCAGCAUAUUGGGACGGCUGAAAUGUAUUUUACAGAGAGUCUGAUUGCAUAUCAGGCAGCAUUGGGUGCAAAGGAUUCCCUGACACUUACUGCCAUUGAGGAAUUCAGUAAAUGGCUUGUAUAUGUAGGGAAAAAACAGCAGGCCUACAGGCUGCUGAAAGAUUCGUUGAAGUCCAUCAUAGACACCUAUGGGGAUUUUAGUGAGAAGGCAGCUGAAACUUACCAUAUCAUGGGCAGUAUCUGCCUGGCAGAGGGAAAGAUGAGAGAGGCUUACCAGCUGUUCAAUAAGUGUUUGCAGAUUCAAAUAGCUGUUUAUGGGCCUCGCAACAGGAAACUGAAAGACACGCAAGAGCUCCUGACUGCAUUAGAGAGGUCUCCAGCUGUCCAUGAAGGGAACAGACUGCUGAAGUAGAAAAGACAGAUGGUGCUAAAUCAUACUGUUGGCAAAAAUCUUGGAUCCUUAGCAAUUGACAGCACAUGAAACCAGAAACUAAGUUGGAGGAUUAAUUGGAGAACUCAGGUACAUUGUACUUGUUAUAAUCAACUCAACAGAAAGUUCUGUAAAUGUUUGCUUUAGUUUAGGAAAAAGCAUCAACCUUCCAGGUAAACUUCCCCCUCCUAUUAUCCUUUCAUUUUCUUUCUUACUAUAUUUUUAAGGUCUGGGUCUACUGGUAGCAUAUCAGAUGUUCUACUGAGUAUUAAAAAAAUGGGCAUAAGUUACAAAAGUCUUGCACGAAUGACUCCCUUUGGAAAAGAUAUAGGAAUACACGUUUACACAUAUUUAAAAGUAUUUCUUUUGAAGACAUUCCACUAGUACUUUGGUGAAUGAAUGCAAAAUAUACCCAAUGGAGAAACACAGAUUGGAUUAUCCCGCCCUCGACCCCCCGGCUAUUGGUACACUGGCCUUUUUAUAAUCUAAAAAACAAAACAAAGCAAAAAACCCAAUGUAUUAAAUUUAGCCUGCUUUUAGCACUUCAGCUAAGGUCGAAUACCUUCUUUUGAUGUGAAAUUCCUCUUUAAUGCUUUGCCUUCACUACAUAAUCUUAAUGGUAGAAUACACCUAUGAAGAGUUGACCUUGCUAGUACAAUGCUGACCACAACUAUGCACUCAAUGUUAGACAGUGUUGUAAUCAUGAUUCAGAAGCCUAAGCCACUUUUGAAAAUGGGUCUUAAGCACUUUUGAAAAUUUGGCCCAAAGACAAGUCACAUUUAGCAUUAUGGAACUUCGUCAUUAAACCCAGAAUUCAGCUUGAGGCAUGGGUGCAUGUCUGAGCCAAGAAGGGUUGGGGCCAAUAUUCACUACAUUCCAGUGAUCUUAUUAGCAUAAUAGCCACUAGCCAAUUGUUACGAAGACCAUAUCCCCCUCCGAGGGUUUCCCCAUGUUUGUGGAAUCCUCCACUAUUAAUUUACAGGAGCUGAGGUCUGUGCUCCAUAGUGGCACAGAGACCUUCGCAUAGGCCAGGUCCCUAGGAUGCAAAGAGAACACUACAUAAUGCAGACAGUUCUGAAUGUUAAUAAAACUGUUUCAUUACAAAUGACUGUUUAAUCAUUAGUGGCUCCUAGUACUGUACAGAUUGUUUUAAUUUGUUUGGGUCUUCUUUCCAAGCUCACUAUUGGUAUAAGACAGACUGUUAUACAUAUACAAAUGAAAAUAGUAUAUUUAGUGGCCUUUAGGCUUAUGUUCAAAAGUAAUGUUAAGCCACAGCUAUGUCUUUGAACACACCAGGUAAUUCAAAUCAGAAAUGAGUUAAAUUUAGUAAGUCAUGCGCUCUGUUUCAUUACAUUAGUCACUAGGACUAGAUGCAAGUCAUUCUUACCACCUGUUCAGCUCUUCAUAUUCCAAGGCAUCAUACACAUAGUUACUGAAGUCUCCAGGUAAAUAUUAAUCUCUCUCCUUUGUUGAAGGGAAAACUACUAGAGACAAUCUAAAGGGAGAAGUAAAGUGAUUUCUAAUAUGGUCUUAAAUUAAAAUUCAUUUAUCUGACUAUGUAAGUUAAACAUGAAAAUGACAAAGCAGUAACUAGAGACCCAACACUGCUCCAAAAUCUUUUUU